AUGCUCAAAUGUGACGAAAACUGGACGCUUCAUAAACUGUGGGCAGACUCACUCUUUAAAAGAGUGCUCCGUUCGGAAUUGCCCGAAUGGGUUAUUCUUUUUCCCGAAGUCAACAUAAAGACACCAACAGUGACCUACUUGCAGCAGGUGCAAAGCAAACGAUACUAUCUUCCAGAAUUUGAGCACGUCUUGUAUCCGAGGUUCUCUGGUCUCCAUAGUGCAAUUACCUCAUUAAGCAGAACACCCGAGUCAAAGUUUGACACGCUCUAUGACAUUACCAUCUCAUAUGAGCCUCAGCCGCCUAGCUUAAUGCAGUUCUUCGCUUCAGACAAGCCUCUAGUCGUUUAUGUUGACGUGCAGAUGAAACCUUUGUCACGCGUUCCACUCAAGAGGAGUAAACUCGAAGGGUGGCUCGAGAAAACAUGGAUGGAAAAGGAAAAGUAUCUAGAGCUGAAUAAGGGAAAUCAAGAACAAGGAGAAGCUUCAAGUCGUCUGCGUCUGAUACUUGACGUGCCUCUAUUAACCAUAUGGAAGACGAGGGCAGGCUCAACAUUUGAUAAUAUUGCGAAGCAGCUGAGCCAAAAAAAUCAAUUUUCAUGA